AUGGGCUCCGAGACAUUCAUAGAAGUGUUACUUGCUAUCCUUCUUCCACCGGUGGGUGUGUUCCUCCGUUAUGGCUGCGGGGUGGAGUUUUGGAUUUGUUUGUUGCUGACCCUGCUGGGCUACAUUCCAGGAAUUAUAUAUGCCGUUUAUGUAUUAGUUAGAUGA